ACCAAUACGAUGCGUCAUUAAAAAUUGGAAGUUGUCAUCACAAUAACGGCAUAAAUUCUUUUUAUAAGGCCUAGUACGGGAUCUAUGCUGCUGAGAAAUCAUUCUUGGACGCAGUAUGAAUGCAACAAGUCCUUACAUAACUACCAAUAGGACUACUCCAGUCGUAACAUGGAGCAGCGCUGAACGUACAUUUCAAGUAGUUUGUUUGACAUUGAUAAUGAUAACAGGUAUUGUUGGUAAUGGUCUAGUAAUCCUGUCCGUAAUUAUUUCACGGCGUUUACGUACCGUAACUAAUGUUUACGUUGUUAAUCUUGCUGUUACGGAUCUAAUAACUACUUUGAAUAUACCGUGGCAAAUAGUAGCAUUGUUGUCAACCGCCAAUGGAUCUUGGCCUCUGGGGGAUUGGCUGUGUGUGUGGGCAGCGGGAGCAUCGGUCGUUUGUAUAUCCAGCAGUAUUUACACGAUGGCUAUGAUAGCAAUUAGUCGUCUGAUUCUGAUCACAAGUAAACGUAACUAUGGUAAUGCUUGCUCGUUCAGACGCCGCUGGGUGAUAGCUGCACUAAUUUGUAUCUGGUCGAUGUCAGUUUUUUACGCAUCGAUCCCAGCGUUGUUUGAUGUCGGCAAACUAGGGUAUGAUACUCGUUACAACUCAUGUACAUGGGACACGAGUCACCCUAAAUCUUCGACGUACAGUAUGCUUCUUGCGGUUCUGCUGUACCCAGUGUCAUUCCUAGUGAUAUUCAUCUGCUGUAUACAAUUAUUUUUUCAUAUUCGUAGGCAUACAAAAAUAAUGAUGAAAUCUGAGUUGACAUCAUCAAAUUAUACCAUAGAUAAUAUGGACAAUUUAACGCAAGACCGCAAAAACAAGACCCAGAUUCAAGUUACAAAAAAUUUAUUUUGUGUCGUGGUCGUUUAUGUUAUUUGCGUAACUCCGUAUGGCGUGAAUCUGCUGGUGAGUGGUGUUGGCUCCAUUAAAGCCAUUCCCUAUACUGCAUUGCUUUUGAUACUGAAUAGUAGCCUCAAUCCUCUCAUAUAUGCAACUAAACAUCCGAACUUUAAAACUGUUUUUAAGAGCAUUUUGAAAUGUGACUUGAGAAGAAUCCCCGAUCGCGCCUAUUUUAUCAGGAAUAUCAGACUACCUACAAGGUACGCAAGCUAAUCGAUAUUUUGGACUUCGCCUACAAGCAGAAGAUCUAAGCCUAUUCAAGUUUAGUUCCAUUGCUCACUCUGUAUGAAGGUUUUACAGUGGAACGUAAAGUUAUAUAAUCUUUUUGGAGAUCUGUCUUGUGUAAAAUGAUUAAGAGAGGGAAGAAAAAGCAGAAAUAAUAAGUUGAUCGAAAAUAAUUAUUAAACCGCACAACAAUCAAAAGAUAAAUUAGACAUGAAUCAACAAACGAACCAAUCAAUAACCAAUAAAUCAAUUGAUCAAUCAAUCAUUUAAUCAGCCAUCCAAUCAUUAUGCCAACCAACCAGUCAUUUAACCAAUCAAUCAUCUAAUCAAUAAAUUAACUAAUCAAUUAACCAAUUAAUCAAUCAAUCAAUCAAUCAACCAAUCAACCAAUCAAUUAAUCAAUCAACCAACCGAUCAAUAAACCUCAGAAAGUCAAUCAGUAAGCAGUCAACCUGUCCCAAUUCGCCUCCUCUCCACGCAGAAACAAGUGACUUAAAUAUUAUUAUCAUCACUAUUAAAGAAGGAAAAUUUAUUGGAGUCGGUGUUUUACUGCCAAUGAAAAAGCCAUUGUGAAAAUUGCUUUGUUAAUAAACUGAUCCUCAAGCUUUGAAGUCACCAAUAAAAUGUGUAUACUGUAUGCAGCAAUUAUCCAAGAAAUUAAAAGUGUUUUUCUACUAAAUAACAGUAAUUGAGAGCUAUAACUGUAAGCACAAUCAAUCAGAAGUUAUAAUAAAAACAUGGUGGUUAUAUGGAUAUUAUAGAAAAUAGUAGAUUCCUUUACCUUCAUACUAUAACUUUGUUUUCAUACAAACUGAUGUUUAAUAUUUAAAAUGCAUAAAUGUCAGCUUAGAAAAAUAAAUCUCUAAAAGUAAAACUGUAGUCAUGCAUGGUCCUAAAGUUGUAAUUUAUAUAUAAUACAGCAGAUAACAAUAAAAUAUUGAAUACCAGCCUA